UUAAAGCCACGCUUCCGUGGGGUCCUUAGCACACGGCUUUGUUUACAACCACGUCACCAGAUAAUACAUCCUGAAGUGUCAAAAUCCUAUGGUCAAAAUGCGGAUACAGGACUGUCACGACACAGACGCUCCUCUCUUCGGUGAAGAUGACGAUAACAACAGGUUAAGAAGGUCCAAAAUCAGGCAUCCACUGGCUUCAUUCUUCCAUCUUUUCUUCCGAGCAAGUGCCAUCGUGGUCUACUUACUCUGUGAUAUCUUCAGCAGUCGCUUCAUUGUCUGUAUGGUCACCAUCAUCCUCCUGCUGUCAUGUGACUUCUGGACUGUCAAGAAUGUAUCUGGCAGAUUGUUGGUGGGCCUUCGAUGGUGGAAUCAAGUGGAUGAAGAUGGAAAGAGCCACUGGGUGUUUGAGUCAAGGAAGACAGACAAUCUGAACCUGACAUCCAGUGCCGAGUCACGGAUCUUCUGGCUUGGCCUCAUCGUGUGUCCCAUCUUCUGGAUCAUUUUUGUGUUCAGCACCAUCUUUUCUUUCAAGAUUAAAUGGCUGGCUGUAGUAAUAAUGGGCUUGGUUUUACAAUGGGCCAACCUGUAUUGCUAUGUCAGAUGCAAGUUGGGUGGAAAGUCCAACCUAAGAAGCAUAGCAAAGAACUACCUUGGUGUCCAGAUUUUUAAAGAGGCAAUGAAGAAAACACAGGACCUUUAGGUUAAAGAGGAUGAGUGACGACUACCUGCAGUGUGAUGGAUUACAAUGCUGGAUGGACACACUAAAUUCACUUGAAAACAUGUCUUUUUAUAGGGUAUAUGGGCUUUUGUACUUUCACUAGAGUUUUUGGUAAAGGUUUUUGGAUUUUGUUUGUGUUGUUUCCUUUGAAUACAUUGACUAAUGAAUUCAAGAAUAAUUGCCAAAGAUCUCUAAAAAUGUCAUUAAAAUACCAUUUAGUUUUUGAUUUAUUUAAAAAUUUCAUACAGUUGUAUUGGUACUGCAGGUGAUGGCACCAAUGCAUAGCACAGGGAAAGGUGUAUUUUCAUUGAUUUGAGGCAAUUGUUGCAUAAUUUUGUACAGUAUCAAACCUUACUUGUAAGAUCAAUCACAAGACUGUCACAAUAGGCUUUAAUGGUAAUGUUGAAAUGUCUGGAUGAAUGGAUUUGGAUCAGAAUGGUGAUCAAACUAUGCACUUUUUUCUCAAAUGUAAAGCAUGAAAUAUGUUUCACAUGUAAGAGAAAUAUUGCUGUGCCUUGAGGCUGAGUCAGUUUUGUGAAUUUUGACGGCUCAACUGAAUAUUAUGUAUUUUUUCUAAGGGCAUUUGGGAAAAAUGGUUUAAUUAUUUUGGAUAUAUAUAUAUGUAUGUAUAAAUAAUAAAGUUGUUAACUCUUA